GGAGGUUCCACUGUAUAUGAUUUAACAGCUGACCUAGAUACAAUCAUUUUGAAAAACAACUUAGAUAUCUGUAUUGAUUCCGCUGGGCUGUUCAAGUGCCUUCCAUUGAGGUCUAUCCGCAUGCACUGGGCUUACCUAACGUACCUCAUACCACCAUGCCCAAGUCUCUCAUCUCCAAGAGGCUGUACUCAUUCCUGAUCGGUUUUUGGUGUAUCCUCGUCUCCGACAUCUUGGAGCGGAUCGCCUUCUUUGCGUUCCUUGGCGGGAUCGUGGUCUUCGUGAACGGGCAACCACUGCGAUGGACGGAAAUAAACGCACUUUACCUCGCCUUCAUUUUCAUUGGGAUAUCUUAUAGUUCCGCCUUCUUCGGGAGCUUGAUUGCGGAUCUACUCCUUGGGAACUUCAAGACAAUAUGUCUGGGGUAUCUGGUCUAUCUCGCUGGCUAUGUUUACUGGCUUGUUUUAGUCUCGCAUCUAAACCAGUUGGAUGGUGCGAAAAUUCCUUCCAUGUGUUCUAGUCAGGUACGGAGUGUUUCAAUAAAUAUUACGGAGAAUCUGACAAAUACUGCGGAUAACGCCAAAUCGUCAUCAGCAGAAUACCUUAAGGAAGGUACUGAGAUGUACGGGUAUCUUGAGGAAGGUACUGAGAAGUACAGCACAAACUUUGGGAACACCAGUGUUCACAAUUAUUAUAAUAUGACGGUCGCUAGGUUGCCGCGAAAGUGGAUGCAGUGGGAGGAAUGCAGCUGGCCAAUCACCUUCAUCGUCUGCCUGAUUUCGAUUGGCUCCGGCAUGGUGCGCGCCAACACUGCCCGGUUCGGGGCGGAACAUCAGGUCGAAUUCCAGGCCAUCAAAGAGGCUGCUUUGAGAGGAAUGGACUUCGAUAAAAAGCGCAUGAGGCAAGAGUCCUACAGCGUCGGCAACUUCUUCAGUUUGCUCUCCUGGCUUUCAAACAGUGGUAGUCUACUGGCCAUUGGGGGACUGACUUACAUUCAACUGUACGUGGAUUCCAUGCAUCUUAGUUUUGUCAUUGCCACUGCUAGUCUUGGUGGAGCAUUCCUGAUAUUCGUCUGUGGGCGCCUUUGGUAUCUGCCAUCGAAGACUAUUCGAAAAGGAGCUAUCCUCCCCGCUCUUAGGGCGGCAUGCUGCUGUUACACAGUCAGGGAAGGUUACGAAAUAAUUGAUGAUUCUAGCUGGUCUGCUGAUGACAAUACUGCCGGCACCCAGACGGUUUACAGCAGACAAGACGGAAGACGAUUCUGGUUACUUGCCGUCAUCAGCCUCAUCCUCGUACCAUAUUGGCUGAUUUAUCACCAGAUGCUGACGACAUACCCAUUCCAGGCCCUACACAUGGACCUUGAAGUAAACGGUUUCAAGAUGCCUGUUGCCUGGAUGUACCUCAUCCAUGCUGGCGUGGUCGCCAUCUUGAUUCCUGUCAUCCAAAUCUCCAUCCUGCCCCACCUGGAGUCGAUCGGACGGCCCCUGAGUAUGCGAGCCAGGAUGAUCAUAGGGAUUGUGUUCGCUAUUGCUAGCGUCGCCCUGGCGGGAGGGGUGGAGAAUUAUAGGCGGAAUUUAUACUGGCAAAGCAAUGCAACUGCUAUUACUCAAACAGUAGACAACCAUACUUAUUACGCAGCUGAGAUGUCCAUACUUUGGCAGUUUCCGCAAUAUUUCCUGAUGGGUAUCAGCGACUCGCUUGCCAGUGUAGCGGGUAUCGAACUGGUGUAUUCGCAGAUUCCAAAGGGCAUGCGGGGACUAGGCCUGGGUAUAUUCUGGCUGUUCUCGGGCCUGGCAAGUUUUCUUUCCUGCAUCAUCAGCCUGAUCGGCUACAACAGGUGGAUUUUUGAAUGGGACCAUGGAAACCCCAAUUGCCGACUGGUAUGCGAAGAUGACAUCACGAAAAUUUGCUACGAGUGCAAAUUGGAGAUAUUCUUUUUUAUCUUAGCUGGACUUGCAUUUGUUUGCUUGAUAUUGUUUAUAAUUCUGACCGCCAGGUGGCAUGUUGGAGUUGAGUACAAAUACGACAAGGCUGGGUGUACGAAUAGUUUGACGAAUAACCCUCUCCUAAUUGCAGAAAGUCCCGUUCAGUGAGAUUCAAGAUAGUGAUUUGUAAAGUAGAGCCGGACUCUUUCGAUCAUGACCUUAAAACCGUGUCAAAUGCCUUCUCCCAAAUCCUAAGGCCUUGUGGUACACAAGUCGAUUCCUCGGCAGAAGACGAUGCCAAGUCCGGGUCGAUGACUUAGCGAGGAGUUUUAAACUCCCCCCCCCCAUCCUUUUCAGACGAUUGAUCAGUCUCCCAUGUUAUCGCGUCGCCGGAUCGAAUACCAUAUAGCGGGACGCGAGAUUUUGCCAGCGGUGGUUGGCCUGCUGAGGCGAAAAUGUUCUUGUUUCACCCCUCCUACUGAGGAAGCAAUUGCAAGUCUGGCAUCUUUCAAGCGAGAAUGUACAUGAUCUCAGGACCAAAUUCAUCGCAAGUGGUAUACGUCCGUCGUGAAAAACAACAGAUUAUCCAUUUAUCAACAAAAAUUAUCGAAGAAAAUACGCAAUGUGUUCAUGAUUUAAUUACUGGUCAGUGAUUUUUGGCUUGAAAACAACAGAGUAACUCUUGAUAUAAACAAUGUUUUAGUGUUUAUUAAUCUUUAUAACCCGGAUGUAAACGUCUUCAUCAUUUUCU